CGAUUACUACUGUGAUCCCCACCACACCACCUCCCGUGGAGUGGAGUGCUUCUUGGCGACCUUUCUUUGCAUGUCAACGCAGACAAAAAGAACAGCGCCGCCGCCUCCACGACCACGCCGGUCGCCGAGCCUCCGUCUCCUCCCGAGAGAUCUCGCAGCCAGCUAGCCGCCGUACGUGGCCACAUGGAGGCGCCGCGGGCAAACAACGGCAGGAAGCGCAAGCCCACGCCUCCCGCCGGCCUGGGGGCCCUCCACGACGACUUGCUCGAGCGGGUCCUCGCGCGCCUCCCGCCGGCCACCUACUUCCGCCUGCGCGCCGUCUGCAGCCGCUGGCGCGCCGCCGCGGCGUCCCCGACCUUCCUCCACGCCUGCGCCCGCGUGCCCUCCCGGGACCCGUGGUUCCUCAUGCUCUCCGACUCCGACUCCGGGCCCCGCCCGCCCGUCGCCUUCGACGCCGCCGGCCGCACCUGGAACCGCUGCCACGCCGCGCCGGGGGCAGCCGUGCCCGUGGCCGCGUCGGCCGGCCUCGUCCUCUACCGCGCGCCGGCCACGGGCGCGCUCACCGUCGCCAACCCACUCACAGGCGCGUCCCGCGCGCUCCCCUCGCCGCCGCAGGCCGCGCGCCAGCUACAGGCCAUCGCCAUGUACGGCGCCGGCGGUCCCUACCGCGUGGCCCUCUUCGCGGGCGACCUCCCCGACGACCUCUCCAUGGCGGUCUACGACUCCUCCAGCGACUCGUGGGAGGGGCCCCUACCGCUCGCCCGCAGGCCCGGGGACUCCUCCUGCCCCGACGCGCCGGCGCCCGACGACACGGUCUACUUCCUCAGCAAGUCCGGGGACGUCGUGUCCACCAACAUGCAGCGCAGCGCGUCUAAGCAGUACUCCUCCUCAGUGGUCGUGCGCCGCGACGUCGACGGCGACGCCGACGCCGCCUUUGCCUACUUCCUCAGCUACUCGGGCACCGUCGUCGCCUGCGACACGGCGCGCCGCACCUUCGCGGAGCUGCCCCGCAUCCUCCCCGUCUACUUCGAGUACUCAAUCGACGUCGUCGCGUGCGGCGCAGCGGCCUACGCCGUCGUGCUUUCGGAAUACCUCGGCACGGCCAGCCUGCGCGUCUGGGAGUUCGCCGGGGGCGCGUGGCGGCAGGUGGCCGCCAUGCCGCCCGCCAUGUCGCACGGAUUCCACGGCACGCGCCCCGACAUCAACUGCGUCGGCCACGGCGACCGCCUCAUGGUCUGCGUCACCUCCGCCGAGGCCAACGCCUGCUUCAUGUGCGACGUGGCCAGCAACCAGUGGGAGGAGCUGCCCAAGUACGUCAAUGCUGACGGCGAGGCCAGCGAGUUCCUGGCCGCAUUCUCCUUCGAGCCCAGAGUGGAGGUCACCGUAUAAGCGCUUAUGGUUAUAGUGUUACUACAAUUAAUUGCUUUUUUGAUUAAGGCGCCUUAGUUUUGGUUCGGCUCCUACUCCGUGUGAUUGAUUUCUUCGUGUGUGUGUGUGCAUGUACUUACGGUACCGAAUUGUAAUGUCAUUUUUCAUUGACAUUAUUUGUCUUCAAUAAAAUUGCAGAUUUCGUGUGC